AGUAUUCUUUUCUUCCACAACCCGUUAACAAAUCUCCAGUCGCUGAUGAACAUCCGACGCCAUACUGCCCUAGGAUUCAUACUGUGACAGUGACAUCUGUCAAGUCAUCCGUAUCAUAUAAUUAUACUUGAAGGUCGUGUUCAUCGAAAUAAAACUGUCCUUCUCUUACACACCUAGGCCAAUCUCGUCAUUCCGAUCCUGCGACCGACAGGCGCUUCGAUCUUUUAUUGAUUUCGAUAGAAAGCUCGUAAACCUAGAGAGAACGAAAUCCUCCCCUCGACGCCAAUAAUUUCGUAUUGCAAUAGAAACCUUACGAGGUCAUUAAUACAGGUGGACGAUUAUUAGGAAUAUAAAUUCUGUUCCGAGUUCUUUCAAAUCAAUCACACAAGCAGACGGUCGCAAUGACGACUCAACAAGUCCUCUUCUCCGAAACCAUCGCUGCCAUGAAGAAGGCACGCAAGCGGAAGGCAUAUGAGUCUGAUUCCGACGAGGAGAUUUAUUACCAUGGAAACCGAGGCCACAAGUUGAUGAAGAGGGCCCGUUUUGUCCACGAAGGACAACUGGCGCCACCUUCAGGACCUGAAGUAUACAAGGAGAUCGUUAAUCAUGCCGGUUACCAAAGAGCGAUCAUCAGCCGAAACCCUGUCCUCAUUGACGACGAAGGUUAUGAAAUUGACAGUGACGAUGACCAAGAUUACAUCCAAGACGUCACCGACACAGCAGCUGAAUUUAACCCGUACGCGAACGUGCGACUCGAAAACAUUCUUGCGCCUCUUACCACAGUUACCGAUCUUCCCACACAUCCUACUCUAUCACGAUCAUACACCACUAAGACCCUCACAAAUCUAGCGAAGCAGGGUUGUAAUAUCAUGCAAAAAGAGAACGCCGCGCUUUGGAAGGUGAAACACUUACAAACAAAGCUUGUCGGCGACCAUAUCUGGGCGCCCUGCGAGGUCAUGCUUGGCCCUAAUGACAUCGAGUUUUAUCGCGAUGAUUAUAUGGAUUAUAAUAGCCAGGCGCCAGGAUCUGUCAAGUCGGAUGCCAACACGCUGUCACCAGAAGAUGCACGAGCCAAAGCUAGCAGAAAUGCAAAGGCAGCAGCGAAAGACGAAGUUCCCACACGCAUAAAUGGAAAAUUGCUAAUUAACGGGGAACGGUCUGAGAAUGGUGAUACCACAAUGGCUGACGCAGAGCCGCCAGCUGACCCAAAUACAUUGGCACUGGAAUCCGAGACUCAAAGUGGGAAGACUGUUAGUGAAGAUAACAUACGAGAUACUGCCGUCAGCAACUCUACAGAAAAGAGUUUGGAAAUUUCCAUGAACGAGAACGGGCAGAGCGCAACUGCUGAUAUUAUCAAUGGGGCUAAAGAAUUGCAAAUCGCAGAGAAUGCUAGCGGACCAGCAACAAAUAAUGCCACAGCGCCUGCCAAGCAAGGAGAGGCCGAGAAAGCAGCCCAGAUUAUCAAAGGCGCUGAACAUGGGGAUAGUCGGGCAGUCUCGGUGAUGUCGGAAUUCACAGAUGAUCCUCCUAUACACCCUCUCUUCCUACCACCCCGAUCAGCUCAUCCCGAUCGGGAUUUGGGAAUUCCAGAGGCAGAAGCGGAGGAUAUGCGAAGAUUGCUACAAUUGUAUGUGCAGAAGCAAGAAGAGGUCUGCCGAGGAGCCAAGCGACUAUACGAAGGGCUUCUCCGAGCAGACAGAAUGCGCAAAACUGUGCUACAAUGGGCCAAGUAUGAAGCGCAUGUCGGACCCAAUCGGGAUAUGUCGGAUGGCGAGGACUGGUACGAUAAGGAGGAAUGGGGGCUGGAGGAUGAUCUCAAGAAGGGCCAAGAUGAGGAAGAAGAGGAUACGACUCAGACGACGAAGAAGACAAGGACGCGGAGGUGAUGAUGAUCAAAGAUCGGUUUGCUUAUUGGGAUUAUUAGUUAUCGGAUACCCGAGGAGAUGGUUGGCCUAAGUCCAGUCCUCGAAUCAAAUGAAAGAGCCUUGCUUCACCUAUCCUUUCUGCUACUGUUUGCUUACUAGUCCAUUGACAUCAUUCCCCACUGCCGAGUCUUGGUGAGUCUUGGGUAAAUCAUCUUCGCCUCAAGUAUGAAUUAAGAACUGGGGUAUUGUAACAAUAAACUCGGAAUUGCAUCCAUUUGCUCUAAAUGGUGUCAUGGCUGAUAACAU